CGACCAACCUUACGUUUUCCAGCCGGCGCGCAUCAUCUUUCCUGACGGUUCUGGUGACGUGUGGGAGUAGGAUCACACGCCGGAGUGUACGUACGGAUGCUGACUGUCCGCCUUCCACCUGCAACAUAACAGAUAAUCUAGUCAAUCUCUACUGUGAUUUGCUGUUCUCUUUUACUAGCGGUGUAUAUGAUGUCAUAACGCAGAGUCUAUAUAAGUUCUUGUUGUCACUAAUAUCGGCAUCAGUAGUCUGAGAUUUACUUCUGAGACUGCUUUCUAAUUACGAUUUCCAUGCGUUGUGAACUGUGAUGUGAAUUGGAUAAAGAGACAGCAAUACUUGUUCCUUCUGAUGUACAUGAUCGCUCCCGGAUUAUUGCAUAGAAUACAGGUUUGCUCGUGACACAAUCGUCCUCGCUCUUGCCGAUCCACACAGGACUCGCGACCGGAUGUCGUUGUUGGAGUGUUCCUGAGGGAUUCCUGAUUCUCUUGUUCCUGAGUCUUCGUGUUUCCACCAUAAGGAUCUGUUACAGUUUGAGAUAGAGUUGCCUGCCGAUUGAGCAUUACAGGCGUGGAAGAGUAAAGAUUGUUCAUGGAGCCUUAACCGGCGUGAACGCUUAUACACGACACUGGUAAGUCGGGUCCAAUCUGUGUAGAAGCGGCACUACAGGGCGAUGAGAAUCCCGUUCAUAAAUUUGUCCAUCCAAUCCAGCUGCGCUUUGUGCGGAUGUAUCCUCGGUUUCACCGGAAAACCGAUGAAACACUUUCCAUUCUCGGAUACUGUCGCCAGCUGCAGAAACAGACGGCUCCUCUCGAUUUUGGACAGGAUGCGAAACAUAUUGAUCUGCAGCGUCUGCUAUGGGCUUUAACCGAAAUUCCGGGGAUGAAAGCAGUGCGUAUAUGGCUUGACACCCAGUGCGUUUAUUGCGUCUAUACGAACGGUCAACCGGAAAUUUUUGGUGAGGAGCAUUUGAAAGAUUUGGUUCGAAAAUCGUCCCGGUUUGAUGAAAUUGCGACCGGAAAACUUUUGAAAGUCGAUAAGACGGACGCCAACCGAGGCCGUUCCGCGUCCCUGGGAAUGCUGCCAUGUGAAAUGCAGAAGUGGAUCGUGCUGGAAAUUGAAGACAUCCACAGUGUCGUUAACGCUCAAAAAGUUUGCAAACUCUGGCACGAUUUUCUAAGCGGUCGCUGCCGCAAUCACCACGUCGCUAUCGACCUGACCAGUUUACUGCCCGAUGGUCCACGUGACCAGGAGCGAAAAUAUAGCCGCACUCAUCUGCUGAACGUCCUGGACAAUGCCGUGACACGAGCCACUAUAUCGUUGACGCUAAUGAACGGGAAUCUGAGCCCUGAGCUGGACCUGUAUGUCUCUCGGUUCCUUUCGAUCAAGGUCACGCGUUUACCGCUGAUCUUCCUGAAGAAUGUGCGCUGCUUUUCGCGUCCUAGCACAGAACCACGAGAAGCAGCGACUUGAGUGGGCCAACCUCCGCUAUUUGAUGCAGGCUUGCCAAGUACUGCAUUUGCGUGACGUCUUCGUUCCCGCCCUCUUCGGCCCCAUCGCCGGGUUGUGGAGCGCGCCGGCCGAUGUCCGGCAGGAAAUCCAUGUUGUCGUGAAGAAAGCCGCGCUGCACUGCGGUCUUAGUGAAACUGAUCGGUUACGAUGUUAUUUGAAGGUAUUAAGCGCUGCGUGCCCCGAAUUUACCGCCGGUGACUGGGAAGACAUCAACGAAGCCUGCCAAGAGAUGCUCACGUGUGCCAAACAUUCGUUCAGCAGCCGGCUAAUCCUCAUGCUACAGUUGUUGAAUGAACCGAUAACCGGGCAGUCACAGCCGCCACUAUCCCGACUCGCCGCCCAUGCCUUCCGCUACUCGUACUGCCAUUGCGAAGAGAAGCACCACAGUUCUGACAGGCCCUAUCCUGCCCGUUCGGUGUUACGUGAUGACAGCCACCUCUGGGAAUGGGAUGCAGAAGCACAAAUCAGCAUCAUAUUUCUGUGAGUCUAGUGACCACCCAAUUUUCACCUGCUCGCAUUCUUGCGCAUACCGCACCUACCGUGUAACGGAGACACCGCCAUGCGUCACCGUCAAGGUCAGUCAGCGGUCGACGGCAUCAGAUUACAUCAUAUGACAAUAUCCUUACGUCACUUCCUGUCAUACUGCUGUCAUCCAGUACAGUCACCACCGAAGCCCCACCCCAUCCCAGCCGGCCAUCCUCAUAUAUAAGGAGGCCUUCCGGCCGCCAGUCAGUCAGUCCGCUCUUCACCAUCAGUCUAGCCUCUAGCAUUAGCAUUGUAGUAGUGGGCAGGUAUUUCACUGAACAAAGGUCACGGUCUACAGGUGUUGUGUUCCGUUCAUAUGUACACAUAGGUACACAUAGGUACAGGUCAUCGUUGACCAAACACACACACUUAGGGGAGCACUACGGGAAGACUCAAUCUUGCGACAAACGCGCUGGAUUUCGGUCGGACGCCGCAGCGGAGGACCGCGUCGACGGAUGCAAUAAGCUGCAGAAGAUAAUAUGUCGGCAUUGCAAACAUGCCGCACGACGUGGAAUCGCCCGCUAGAAUUUUGCACGCGGUGCAGGCAGCCGAAUUUACAACUCAAGUGCCUGCCUAAGAGCUGUUUAACCAACGGUCAAGAUGAAUAGCGUGCAACUGUUGUAAAUCUGACUGAUGUAAAUUAUGAUACUUU